UGGGGUUCAAUAUUGCAAUUGAUUUCCGGACUGCUAGUCGCUGCUUCGCCUAAUUUCACGAUCAAUCGAGAUGGUUUAUCGGAAGAAGAAAAUUCCAACUGGGAUUAGCUGUUUCUUCUUCGUAGGAGGUUGCCUUCUGACUGUCGUUUUUGCAUAUUUCAUAAGAAAUUGGAGAAUUUUACAGCUGGCAUAUACCGCACCAACCCUUUUAUUCCUAGCAUUAUCGUGGUCUAUCCCGGAAUCUGCACGAUGGCUGCUGAGCAAGGGUCGCGUGGAAGAGGCAAAAAAUAUACUUCACAAGGCAUCGAUGGAAAAUGGGGUCGUAUUGCCGCGAGAUGCACUGGACGAAUUACUGACAAUGGAAAGUGGAAAUAAAGCGAACAGUGGAAAAUCGUCAUUGCUUGAUAUUCUCAGAUACCCAAACAUCAGGAAAAGGAGUCUGAUACUCGCCACCAUAUGGUUUCUCAACAAAUUCGCGUAUUACGGUCUACUAUGGAACACCGUGAACCUUGCAGGCAGUAUUUACGUGAAUUCUGGAAUUGCAGCCAUUGUGGACAUACCUGGAAUCGUAUUCUCAAUGUUAACAGUUGACAAGUGUCGGAGAAAAGUUAUUUUGGGCGGCACCAUGAUACUCUCGUCGAUAUCAUUACUUUCAACAACUCUCGUUCCUACCGACAUGACAUGGCUGGUGACAGGUUUGGCUAUGGUGGGAAAAUCAACAAUCUUAGUUACAUAUUCAAUCCUCUACAUUUUCACGUCAGAACAGUAUCCUACAACAGUAAGGAAUAUUGCCGUCGGAACAGCUUCAGCUAUUGCUAGGCUCGGUGGAGUGGUAGCACCUAUGAUUAUCAAGUUGUCUAAAAUUUCACCGCUUUUGCCACUUUUUAUUUCGGGAUGCAGCAUGAUGUUUGCCGUUUUGUUGUUACUACUUCUCCCAGAAACGUUGAAGAAAAAGCUACCGGAGACAAUAGAUGAGGUGGAAGAGUUUUAA